AUGUCAGAGAAGUUGCUGAUGCAGCGUGAGGGUUUAUACCCAUGGAGUGUAAGCGCAGACUUACGUGCUGCUGCCUCUCCCUUUUUGCCUUGCAGCAGCAGCGUGGGCAGCAGCAGCAGCAGCGGUGGUUGCAGCAGCAGCGGAUGCAAUGCAUGCAACAGCAGCAGCAGCAGCAGCAGCAAAGGAGGAUUGGGGCUGACAGGAGGAGGGGACUGGGUAACCCUAGCGGGUAUAAAGUAUAGAAGACAGCCAAUCUAUUCUAUGCUAUGGAGGGGAAGGAAGGUGCUGCAGCAGCAGCAGCAGCUGCAGCAGCAGCAGCAGCAGCAGCAGCAGCAGCAGCACGUUGCUGCUGCUCCUGCAGGAGGACCUAUUGCUGUACUCUCGUCACCUAAUCGUAAUUCUGCAAACCCCCAGAAACAAUUACCUGAACUACAGGUAUUAGUAUGCGUAUUUGGUGAUUCAACUGUACGAACAUUUUCUGCUGCUGGAGAAAAGAUUUAUAGUUUCUCUUUAGGUGCAGCAAUUAAGGCAGAGGGCGGCAUUAUUAAGGGUUUAGUAUGUGGUGCUGGUAUAGCAUUGGUGACGAGUACAAAUAAAGUGUUUGUUAAUCAAUCAUUUAGACAAGCUAAGUUGCUGCAGCUACAGACACCACGUAUGAUACCUGAUGGCCCUUUUAUUGCUCUUACUGCAUCGAGAAGCGGAAGAUUUGUUGCUGCUCUCUCCACCACAGGAGUAUUACAGGUAUUAAGUAUAGAUGGGGAGGAGAUACAGCUUGCUGCUUCUGCUGCUGCUGAGCGCAGCAGCAGCAGCAUAAAACAAAUUCAUUUAGUGUUACUGGGUGGUCCUGGUAGCGAAUGGACAGCAUUAGAGUUUGGGGCUGCAUGCGCAGAUGAGGAUGAGGGUUUGCUGCUACUAGGGGAGAUAGAUGGUGUGCGUGUAGUAACAGGUAGCAGCAGCGAGCUGCUGCAGCGAGCAGCAGCAGCAACAGAAGCAAUAUUUGCCGUGGGAUCGAUAUGUAAUUGUUUACGGGGUCCUCCUUUAGACAUCCGUCAGCAGCACCUGUUAGCCCUUAAGAUAUGCGAGUAUACAGGACUAGCAGCAAGAGAGGUGUUAGUGUCUUGGGCAAUAACAAAGAUUUCUUCUUCUGCUGCUCUUACUGAUGAGGAAUUAGCGGAGGCUGUAUGCAGCAGAUUGCAUGCAGCAGCAGCAUUACCUCCUGCUGCUGCAGCAGCUGCAGCAUCUGCUGCAGCAGCAGCAGCUGCAGCUGCAGCAAAUACAUUAAAAAACCAUACACCCGUUAGACGUAUGCAACGCAUGCAAUUACAACUGCAGCAGCAGCAGCAGCUGCUGCUGCAGCAGCAGCUGCUGCAGCAGCCACUCCCUUUUGCUCGUCUUGCUCUAUGCGCAGCACAGGCAGGCAGGCCCGUCUUAGCUACCCGUCUUGCUGCCUUUGAGGAGGAACCUAAGGCUCAAGUGACGCUGCUGCUGAAGUUAGCAAAGGUUGCACUAGCAACAAGGAAAGCAGCAGAAGCAGCAGACCCUGAUUUGCUGCUGCUGUGCAUUGCUGCUGCACUUGCUGCUGAUGCAGAUAGUGUAGACGGAAGGAUGGAUAUGAGUCAAUUAGUGGAGGCAUUGGAGGGUUUGCCUGCAGCACAAAGUGCCUUUGAUGUUUAUUGUAGACAGACCUCACAGCUGCAACUCUUAGAGCAAUACUACGAGAGGGUAGCAGCAGCAGAAGAUGCGGGUUUGUGCUGCUUAUCAUUAGGAGAAGCAGCAGCAGCAUCUGCUGCUGCUGCAUCAACAGCAGCAGCAGCAGCAGCAGCAUGGGAGCAGCAACGGGGCUGGCUAGCUUAUGCAGGUGGCUUCUUUGCUGCAGCAAAAGAAGUUGAAUUGUUUGCUGCUGUCGCGCAUGCAGAGACUGUUGGGGCCCUUGAGCUUCUUGCUGUACAGCGGGACUUGGAGGUGAAGGGGAACACAUGCGGUUGGAUGUCUCCCCCUCAUAAGUUUGUUGGUUUGUCAUUAAUGCAAACAAUUCGUCAACUUAUACUUAAGAUGGAGUUUGGGGAGGCGGAUCAUCUUAAGAAACUUUUUAAAGUUAAUGACAGCAGAUAUUGGCGAUGCAAGAUUGACGCAUUGGCAGACGGUCUACAUUUUGACGAACUGCAAGCCUUCGCUAAGUUUAGGACUUCGCCAAUUGGCUAUGAGCCUUUUGUUGAGGCCUGUCUACGUAAAGGGAAUAAAGAAUUAGCCUUACAAUUAACAUAUAAAAUAAAAGACACAGCAGCACGAGCUCGCUUCCUUGCUGCAUUAGGGAGAGAGGAAGAAGCUGCUGCUGUAUUACAGACACCGCAGCAGGGGGUUGGUGGUGGUUUGCUGCAGGCGAUCUCCGGCGCUUUCUGGAGGAGAGGAAACCCUAGAGAUUAA